UUUACCAAAGGCUUUGAGGGCCACUGAAGAGUGAACGGGGGCAUUUGAUAUAAAAAGUGGAGCCUCCAGGACCCUGCAGUCACUCCAACUCCAAGCUGCUGGCCGGUUGUGUGGAUCGAGGACACCGUUGCGUCAGGAAUCUACCCCAACAUUUUUUUUGGUUUGGAGAUGUUGAUGUUUGUGAUCAGCCUCGCCACUUUAGUGUGCACGGCCUCUGCACGGCCUUCACUCAGCUACCUGGAGAAUCACUUCACCGCCGAGAACGAGUCAGAGGAAGUCCGCUCAGCUGCAAUCAAAAGACUUUUGGAAGUAUUUGGGAUGGAGGACCCUCCUGCUAUCCAUGGACACAAGCAGCCGCCUCAGUACAUGCUCGAUCUGUACAACACGGUUGCUGAUGUGGACGGUGUGACCAAGGAUCCGUAUCUUCUGGAGGGGAAUACCGUGCGCAGUUUCUUUGACAAAUUGCGCAGUGAACAGGUGGAGUACAGGUUCAAUUUGUCCACGGUUGCCAGAACUGAGAAGAUCCUCACUGCAGAGCUUCAUCUUUUCAAGCUGCGACCUCAGGCAACCAUGACAUUCCACAGACAUCAUUUCUGUCAGGUUAGUGUUUAUCAGCUGCUGGACACCAGCAGGAACAACAACACACAAGACAAGAAGCUGCUGUCUUCCCGACUCAUCCCAGUCCACUCUACUGGUUGGGAGGUGUUCACCAUUACACAAGCAGUCCGCUCCUGGAUGAUAGAUGAAGGCAGUAAUCUGGGGCUCCACGUGGUGGUUCGGACCCUGGGAGGAAGCCAGAUGGAUAUGAAAAUGAUUCGCUUUGCUUCAGGACGCAACCACCACCAGAGCAAACAGCCCAUGUUGGUGCUCUUCACCGAUGACGGCCGGCGCUCUGCUACUCUUGAAAGCACAGAUCCAAAUGAUACCGCAGCCACUUCCAGCCUGCCCCAGGCCCCCAUGUCAGGUCCGUCCUCCCGCAGCGCCCGCUCUCUGGACUUCACCGAGGAGGAAGGCGUUUCUUUGCCCUGCCAGCGCCAACCCCUGUAUGUGGACUUUGAGGAGAUUGGCUGGUCGGGCUGGAUCGUGUCUCCCCGGGGCUACAACGCUUACCACUGCAAAGGCUCCUGUCCCUUCCCUCUGGGUCAGAACAUGAGGCCAACCAACCACGCCACCGUCCAGUCCAUCAUCAACGCCCUGAAGCUGAUCAAAGGCAUCGAGAUGCCAUGCUGUGUGCCCGACAAGCUCUUCUCCAUCAACUUGCUCUAUUUUGAUGACGAUGAGAAUGUGGUGCUCAAACAGUAUAACGACAUGGUGGCUGGAAGCUGUGGCUGCCAGUGACAUCAGCUAGUCACUGUUGUGUUGGGCUGCACAGAUAUUUAAUACGUAAAUCAGGGUUUCUGUACUUAGAUAGUCAGCUGCCCUUUAAAACUCAAUUAACGAAUAAUGUGCAGUCCCAUAUGUGGCAUUGUAAUAUAUGUAAAUAUCCCAAAAUUAUAAUAUAUGGCAGUGAUGGAAGUGAUAUCCUGUGAAAGAUGUAAAUGUGUAUAUUUUAUGUUUUCUGUUGUGAAAUAUUGCAGUCAGAAUAAAUGCUGUAAACAAAAGAUUGUGGAAUGAAUUUAUUUGCAAGUUAUGUUUCACUCAUUGUCGCUGAUGUUACUGUGACUUUAUGAGAGAACAACAAAAUAUUUAGCAAUCAUGAAUGGUCAAUAUUUGGACAAAAUUGACCUUCCGUUAAUUUGUAAUCCCAGAUUUACAGGAAUUAACCAGCAUUGUUCGCCCAAUCUCGGUAUUUACACAUCAGAAAUGGCCAAAUUGGA